AUGCAAACCAAUACGGAAGAAUGUAGAUACAUCGGAGACCUUUUGAAAGCAGAUACUCUCCUCGAAAAAUACAAAGACACGCCCUUCCACAGCAGCAUAGCCAGUCUGGCGAGGAGUGACUCGAAUAUUCGCCCAAUUCGCAGAGACGGAAACUGUUUCUACUAUUCUAUUAUAUUUCUGGCUCUUGAAUACUACUCCACCCCAGCGCUUUCUGCAGCCCUCAUAAACACGCUCACCGAGCUAAAUGGCGCCCUCGCAGAGACAGGCGUAGAAGACUAUCUGAUAAAAGAGUUUACAGAUCCCAUCAUGACGAUUCUCAAGUCUGCAACCACAGGAGAGGCACCAAACAUAGAAGAUCUUGACAGCAUCUUCUGGAACUACACUGUCACAUACUUCCGCAUGAUCGCAUCUGCAUACAUUAAAAAGAAUUCUGAAGUAUUUGCGGGCUUCAUUGAAGGGCCGGUGGACAAGUACUGCGCAAUGAACAUAGAGGCCAGCAGCCAGUAUGCAGGAGAGAUAGAGAUCACAGCAAUUUCAAGCUCGCUCUCUAUAUCCUUUGACGUGGUGUGCAUUGAGGACGGAAAGAUGGAGACUCUCACGAGAGGAGAAGGCCCAAAGAUUGGAAGCCUUCUGUACAUUUCAGAGCACUUUGAUAUUUUAUAUUCGUGA